AUGGCAAAAGGACUCAAUCCGACCCCUGCGUACGACAUUCUUAUCACAGGAGGAGACCAGCAGCUCGUGGACCAGAAGAAGAAGGAGCUCACGGAUCGAUUCGAGAUGACCGACAUGGGAGAGGUAAAGCGGAUCCUCGGGAUCGACGUGCAGCGAGACUACGAGCAAGGAACCCUGGCCAUUUCACAGGAGCACUACGUGAACACACUUCUGGAGCGGUUCGGAAUGCAAGAGGCCAACCCAGACCCACGGACAAGAAAAUCUACAGGAAGCAUCCUCUACCUGGCCCAGUGCACGCGAUUCGACCUCUCCUACGCUGCCCUACAACUUUCCAAGGCCUGCAGCAACCCAGCGCAGGUGAACAUGACAGCAGCCAAGCACGUUCUGCGAUACCUUCGGGGUAAUCCAGUUCUUCCUAUCGUCUACAAGAGAGGACAGUUUCGGCUAGCGGCGUUUACGGAUUCAUCCUUCGGAGCAAACCCCGACAACGGAAGAUCUACCACGGGAUAUCUCUUCUUUCUGGCUGGAGGACUCAUCAGCUACGGUGCGAAGACUCAAACUCUAACCGCGCAAAGCACGGUCGAAGCCGAGAUUCAAGCACUUAGCUACUCAGCCAGAGAGGCGGUCUACAUCUCAAAUUUUAUGACGGAACUCAACUUCAAGACCUUCGGAUCGGUUCCCAUCAACAGCGACAGCACCGGAGCGCUGACAGUGGCCGGGAAUGCCAUGCACUCUCAACGCACGAAGCACGUGGCCCUGAGGUACUUUUUCAUCCGGGAGCUAGUACUACGGGGACAAAUCACUCUUCACCACCGGCCCAGCGAGCACCAGUUGGCUGAUAUCGCGACCAAGUACCUCCCAAAGCACCGAUUCGCCUCCAUCAUUCAGCAGAUCAAGGACUUCUCGUGUUGA